AUGGCGGCGGAGUCCGAGAGGCCGCCUCACCUUAACGGCGCCUCUAGUCCGUCCAGAGGGCCGAAGGAUGCAGAGGCAGCGUCAGACCCGGUGCAUCGAUCGGCCAGCGAAAAUGGCAUGAUUGAACAGUCUAUCGUUAAAUCCCAGACUCAACCCAUGUCUCAGGUGCCUAAGCUUUUUCCGAAUCCUCCUACCGCUUCCGUUCCCGCGUCUGCCACGAACUCCGCCGUUUCCUCCCGUGAACCCUCCCCUGUUCGACAAUCCUCGCGUACCUACAAUCCUUCCUCCCCCGGCCGGGUAUCUUCACACUCACGAAAUACCAGUCAAGAUCAAUCCAGUCCAACCCGACACUCUAACGGCUUGACAUCUGGCCCAACUACAAACUCACCAGCACCGAACCUUCGACGUUCGUCUUCUUCUCCCGUCAGAUCUCUUGUUCUCUCCACUCCUGUCGACUCGCUGGCCAAUGUUGCCAGUCCGGAAAAGUCCAAUAUGCCAUGGGCUGCGAACCGUCGCACGGAUUUGGAUUCGACCCUUCCGAAUACAUCACAUAAAAGAUCUUCAUUGCCGUUGGAGGAUUUCGCACCCAAACCGGACCGAAAUACAACCAGGACUGUCACUAGAGGCCCUGCAGGGCAGGGGUCUUCCCUGGAAACAGUCGAGGAGAUGGCAAGCAAUCCAUCUACCCCAUCCAGUGACACUCCUACCAAGCCGGUGAUCCCGGAGGAGUCACGAUUGCACCGGAUCGACGAAGACCCGGCUCCACGUGCUCCGCAUCAAAAUUUAGGGAGUGGGAGCGACAGUGGUGAGAAUCGAAGUUCGGAACCAAAGGAAGAGACUCGUCCACAGCCGCCUAGUGUAGUCAAGACACCUAGAACUCUCAUGUCACAAAGAUCGACAACAUCACUCGGUGCUAGUGCUCGUGGAAAGCCUGUCGAUGGCUCAGUUCGCAACAUGAUUGUGGAAACAGAGACAGUUAGCUCGAUACCGCAGGUUUCUAUGGGAGUGGGAAAUGGUGAGCGAGGCGGUGCUUCCCGUGCAGAUCAGGGAACACUUCGCAUGAAACCUUCCAAUGAGACGAUUCGUCCACGCAAAGAAAAGAAAAAGACCCGUCGACCCAAUGCCAUCUCAACAGGCCCCGCAACAAGCAAAGCGGACAUUUUCGAGGCUAGAGUGGCCAAUGCAGUAGAUGAGGCAGAUGUCUCGGACUCCGACGAGACUUUCGUUUAUGAUUCGAACCCACCAGAUCCAUAUCCUUCUCGACCAGCCCGGUAUCAUUCUCGGACUCCUAGUGCGACCUCCAUGGCGAGUCAAGCGGAUCAGCUGGCUGGUCGUACGCGAGGGUUGGGAUUACGGGAUGUUUCUCACGGCGUGACAGGCAAACGCAGCAUGAAGUUUACCAACACCAACCCCUACAAUAUCAGCAUAGAUGGCGAUGGCGUCGAGGCUGAUAUGGCUUCGCGUUCUUCUAGAGCUGAUGGGAAUGGAGGAACCAUCACUCCCCGGCAUCACAACUUUGGCCGUCAUACCCGCAACGGCGUGCACCCAAAUCUUUUUGAUAACGACAGUACACAGUCGCAGAGUCAAUCUCAAAAGUCUCCGCGCCAUUUUAUCGGGAAUACCUAUAGGCAUUCACGCCACAGCAAUACCCGGCUGAGCCCCAACUACAGAACCAUGAGCGGUAGCAGGAAGGGCGGUGAGCUCCAUGGCUAUGACUAUGAGGCAGAGGGUGCGGACGAUGAACGCACACCGUUAGUAGGCACGCCACGUACAAUCCACAGUCGAAGUGGUCGACGACCCAACAGUGCAAGCUUGAGGCAAAUGGAGUACAUGGCGCACCGGGACCGCGGAUUUUUCGCUCGAUUUGGCCCAUGCGCCGUUAUCUUCAUGAUGUUGCUGCUUGUUGCUGCUGGUGCUACCUCUUUCAUCAUUGCGGCAACCCAACCCCUUCUAGAUGUCCAGGUUAUUGCGAUUCAAAACGUGUUGGCUUCGGAACAGGAAAUCAUGUUGGAUUUGAACGUGCAAGCCAUCAAUCCAAACUUGUUCCCUGUGACCAUUGACGACACCGAUCUCAACAUAUUCGCAAAGAGUCGGUAUGUUGGAAGCGACAAACUUUGGCGUGAGAAUGAUGACCUAGAUAAGUUCCCACGCGUGGAGCAAAGCCGACGUCGCUGGCAGUUGUCACAAGCGGUGAAGUGUCUGGGCCGUGUGGACUGUGUCAAGAAAGCCAUGUCUGGCCACUCUGACCCGCACACCACCGACGGAGUUGACAAGGGCACUGAUCCCCCAACCGACCCUGAAGGCGAUCCGCGAUCUAUGUUGCUUGGCCGCGUGUUCCACUUCGAUUCUCCACUAUCUUUCGAAUCAUCUCCUUGGAAUCAUUUGAGUUCCAACUCUAAAGGACAGAUCCGUCUGGGCCGGCCAGGAAAUAAAACUGAGGCUGGAGGCACAGAGCGCUGGGAGCGAGUCCUUCAACACCCCUUUGAAUUGACUGUCCGCGGCAUCAUUAAAUACCAACUUCCACUUAGCUCCCGCUACCUCUCGGCAUCUGUUAGCUCUAGCAUCAAGGUGGUGCCCGAUACCGAUGACAAUGAUCCAGAACAAGCACCUCCAAACAACGGCACAGUGCGUAUUUCUGUACCACAAAGAAGCGCACCAUCUAUUCUCCUUCCACUCGAUACUCGUUCCACCGCGCCCGCGGGGGAUUCGAGACGACCUUUUACGGCAUAA